AUGUCCCGCCCUCCGGCAUACAUCAUGCCGGGCCCUUCGACCUCAAAUCUUUUGUGUUCCCCCGAUCCGACCAGCUCGAAUGUGGAGCAGCCAAAGGCCGAGCCGCAGAAAGAAGCCAAAAAAUACUCGAAAAAGGAUUUGUUUCGAUUAUUGGCAUUUAUGGAAGCCGAAUUACAAGCCAGGGAUGUUGCAUUGGCUGUGGCGAAGGUAGGAUUUUUAUUCAAUAUAAAAAAUUAAAAAAAAAAAAAAAAAAAAAAAAACUGAAAAAAAUUCUGCACUGUGCGACAAAAAAAUAAAAAAAUAUUCGUCCGCACCGUGCAGAAAUCUAAAGAAAAAUUUUGCACUGUGCGUCAGAAAAAAAUAAAAAAAAAUUUUUUUAGUACAAAAUUGCGCAAAAAAAUCUGCACUGUGCGCCAAAAAAAUCAAAAAAAAAAAAAAUCAUCCGCACCGUGCAAAAAAUCAAAAAAAUUUCUGCACAGUGCAACAAAAAUUUUCAAAAUCCAUGUUUGCACUGUGUAAACCAAAUUUUUGGUUUUUUGCACUGUGCGAAUAUUUAGAAGAAUAUUUUUUCCGCACUGUGCGCCAAAAAAAAUGAAAAAAAAAUCAUUCGCACCAUGCAAAAGAAUGUAAAAAAUGCCUACAAACUGCGAUAAAAAUUUUCAAAAUUCAAGUUUGCACUGUGCAAUACAAAUUUUUGGUUUUUUUUUGCACUGUGCGAAUAUUUAGAAAAGUCUUUUCUGCACUGUGCAGUCAAAAAAAGUAAAAAAAUGUCCGCACCGUGCAAAAAAAAUGAAAAAAUGUCUGCACAGUGCGAAUAAAAUUUUCAGAAUUUAUUUUUGCACAAUGCAAGCCAAAUUUUCUCCCGCGCCGUACAAUCCAAAUUUUUUGGUUUUUCUGCACUGUGCGAAUAUUUAGAAAAACUUUUCCUGCACUGUGCAGUCAAAAUAAAGUUUUAAAACAACUUGUCCGCACCGUGCAAAAAAUCAAAAAAUAAUGUCCGCACAGUGCGAUAAAAAAAAUUUUCAAAAUUUAUUUUUGCACUGUGCAAUCCUAAUUUUCUCCCGCACCGUGCAAUCAAAUUUUUUUGGUUUUUUGCACUGUGCGAAUAUUUAGAAGAAUAUUUUUUCCGCACUGUGCGUCAAAAAAAAUUUUUUUUUUAAAUCAUCCGCACCGUGCAAAAAAUCAAAAAAAAAUGUCCGCACAUUGCAAUAAAAAUUUGCAAAAUUUAUUUUUGCACUGUGCACAACAAAUUUUCUGCCGCACCGUGCAAUCUAAUUUUUUUUGUUUUUUGCACUGUGCGAUUUAGAAAAAAAAUUUUCGCACUGUGCAGUCAAAAAAACUUUUUUUUUCAAUUCUCUAAUGUCUUCUAUCGUAUAAUAUUUUCAGUCAGAGAAAGCCAAAGCCUAUCUGUACAAGCAGCCCGAGGAUGGUGAGUGCUCCAAAGCCAUGGAGAGUUUGCUCGCGGAUGAGAGUAUGGUCGUCAAAAAUACAGCACCCACACAGAAUAUGGAACAAAUUUUGAGUGUUCCUCUGCGGGAAUACGAGAAACUGACGGAGAAAUAUGUGAAUGUGGAGAACCAGCUGGCCAAUGUGAGUAAAAGUUUUAAAAAAAAUAAAAAAUAAGAAAGUUUUUUAUGGAAAUUCAUCAAUUUUAAUUAAAUUAGCUCCCUUUUGGAUGGAUUUUCAAUUUUUUGCCUGAAAAAAUCUCAAAGUGACAUUUUAUACGAUGAAAAAUGCAAAAAUCAAAAAAUUUUGUUUUUGAAUUUAUUCAAAAUCAAACUCUCAAAAAUAUUUUCAGAGGCUACUAGAGGUCGAGGAACGUCACAAAAAAGAGAUCCUAUUGCUCAACGCCAAGCUUCAUGCCGCGCAACGGCCGAAAACAGCCGACGAAUCGAAGCUAAUCAAGACGUUGCAAGAUCAUGUCCAUUCGUUGACAGCUGAGGUAUGUUUUUAAUUUUUCGAUUUUUUGUUCUGUAUUUAGGACCAUCAGAAGAGAUGCUAAACUAUUAAAAUUUGAUUUGGUUUUGAAAAUUCGAAAUUUCGGGGAUUUUUGGCAUUCUGUUGCAAGCUGCAAAAUUAACAAGAAAUAACAAAAUAAAAGGCUAAUUUGCAUUUUAACGUCUUACUUAGUCUUUUUCAAGGCCUAUUUGAUUAUUUUGUGGACUCAAAAAUUCAAAAAUUUAAAAUUCCCGCAAUUUUUGGCAUUCUGUUUAUCUCGUUUAUUAUGGUUAUUUGGGCUUGUAAAAACGUAUAGGAACAUCGCAGGGUUGUGUUUAACAUUUUUUAACAAGGAAAGUACUUCUAUGGGGUGUGGAAUUACCGGUCGAGAUAUAUAUCAAAAAAUUCACAAAAAUUUUCUGAUUCAGAAUAUAUAUAAAUUAGCUGCCUAAUUUUGGUCUGAUGGCAUGUUUUUGUCCUCAGAAGUUUUCUCGCGACACCAUGCAAGUGUCUUUUUGACCGUGUUUUUACCAAUAAAAAAUUUUGUUUUGUGCUAAAAUAAAUUUUGAGGCCUUGACAAGCCUUAAAAUAUCAAAUUGGAUUACAACUACACCUUAAAAGUAGUUCCAAUGUAAAAAAUGGGUUCUAGUAUGGCAAAAAGAAUCGAACCCGUUCCCCUCGGAUUUCCAAUCUACCGCUCUAACCACUCGGCCACACCGCUCUCUUCCGAAGGAAGAGGCCGAGCGCGCUUUUGUUGCCGCAGAUUUUUUUCCUCGAGAAAUACAUUUAUUGAUAAAACUCGUUGAUAGACCAAAAUUAGGCAGCUAAUUUUUAUAUAUUCUGAAUCAGAAAAUUUUUGCGAAUUUUUUGAUAUAUAUCUCGACCGGUAAUUCCACACCCCAUAGAAGUACUUUCCUUGUAAAACAUUUUACUUCUUUUCAUUUUAUUGGAAUUUUAAUUUAUUCAAAUUUUUCAAAUUUAUGCAAAUUCCCGAAAUUUUUUUCCAGACCUCCCGAAAGCAAGAAGAAAUCGACAAACGUGACGAAGAGCUGACCAGACGCGAAGAAGAUGCGACACGAGAGAAGGAACGCGCCAAAGUCAUCAUCUUGUACAUGCUGCACGAGCGCAAACAACUCCUCUCCCAGCUGCACCAACUCCGAAUGCGCGUCAAGCUGGCGGGCCCGCAAGCGGAGGAGCACGAGACCGUGUUGGUGGCGGAGCUGCGGAAACAAGUGGCGCAGUUGAUGGACGAAAAGACGCAUCUGCAGCGGGUCGUGGACGAGCAGAGCAACGACAAGGCGGUUCUGGUAAAUAUUGUGCGCGGGUUGGAGGACGAGCUGAAUCAGCUGAAGGAACCGGCGCAGAAUGGGCUGCGGAAAGGCCUCGAGACGGUAGGAAUAGAGUUUGAAUUUGAUCUCGAGACUUUAUGAAGAUUUGGAAAUUUUUCGUAUAAAAUGUCACCCCGACGAAAAUGCGUAAAAACGUGGUUUAAUGUUUUCAACAAAUAGUAGACACUUUAUUAUGGAGAUUUUUUUGAUUUAUUAUCAUUCUCGGGAAGGGUGACAUUUUAUACGAUGAAAAUAUUUCUUCGUAUAAAAUUCACCUUCAAAAAAAUCAAAUUAAAACUUUUUUUGUGCUUCCAACAAAUAAUAGAUGCACUUUUGGAUAUCUUUGGGGAUUGUCAGGGGACAUCUUAUACGAUAAAAAUACUUUCGUAUAAAAGGUCACUUUCAAAAACGGUCAAAAAUUAAAAUUAGACGUUUUAAAUAAGGUGGUGUUUAGUAUUUGCCAUUUUUUGAUAUAUUUUGAAAGGUAAUAGCCGGGGUGACGUUUUAUACGACAAAAGUAAUCUUUCGUAUAAAAUGUCGCCUAUCUCGAAUUUUAUAAAAAAAGGUUGGCUUAAAUUAGAAACAAUGUCAAAAAACAAUUUUUUUUGCGGUUUUUCGAAGUGCCCUUACAUUCUCUGGAGAAAGCGACAUUUUAUAUGACGAAAACUUCUUCUCGUAUAAAAUGUCACCUUGACCAUGAUUAUCAUAACAUCUUUGAAGAUGAUGUCUAAUAACCGCCACAACAAAUUUUAGAGUCUGGAUUGAUCUUUAUUUCCUGUAUUUUCUGUCCUAAUUUAUCUAGGGGACAUUUUAUACGAUACCUUUCUUACUUUCCUCCACCGUAUUUUACCUUCAAAAAUCAUUGAGUUUUGCAGUUAAAAUUGUUAGAAAUUCUCCAAAAUUUAAUUUAAGGCUUCGAAUUUGUCUUUUGAAUUUGAAAAAACAGCGUUUUUAAUUGAAAACUUCAAUUUCAGCCUCCCAAACCCAUUCCCGGCUACGUUAUGGCCAACAAAUCGGCGAUCAGCGGCGACCUGAGCCACUCCAAACCCCACUCGCCCCACUACAACGCCAACCACACCGGCACAGUGGUGCGACGAGGGUCGCCGACCAAGUAUCGGAUCCACAAUUCGGCCACGUUUCCCACGAACCCCGGCCCCAAACCGAACGGAAACAGCCGGUAGGUCGGGCCCGCAAAAUUUCGUUUACACACUUAAGGCGCAAAUUGUGAGGACGACGGCCGGAUAAUACCACACGUACGGGCUUACAUUCACCAUUCGCUAACCGUUUUCGAGAGUUUUUCGAAUUUUUUGCGAUUUUUCGGCCUUUUUUGCGGUGAGAUUUCUGUCGUGCUGGUCGGUUGUAAAUGUGGAUUUUUGAUGUGUAGAAAAUUUUUUUGAGGUCUGUAGAGUGUAAAUUUGGCAAAAACUAUAUUUUUUGUCAAGAAAUUUUUAAAAAAAAAUUUUUUUUUGAAAAUUCAAAAAAUUGAAAAUUCCCUAAGGCACUCUUCUCAGAUUUUGAUAAAACUUUGUACAAAUACAGACAAAAUUUUUUUAAGGCAUUUUGGACAUUUUCUCCUUCCUUUCUGAAGAAAUAUUUGAGAUUUUUUGGCAUGAAAUUUUCAAAAAAAUCCCAAAAAUUUUUUGUUUUUUCGAACGCAAACUUUGGCAAUUUACUUCUCAUAUACUGAACGUCUCUCCCACAAAAAAUCGAUUUUUUCCCAGCAGAAUUGAGAGAGAUACAGCUAAAAAUAAAAAUUUUCUCUGACCGCUCUCCUCAUUUUACGUGCUCUCUCGGAAAAAAGAUUGAGCAAUAUUUCAGUUGCGGCUGAAAUGAGCGGGCUGAAACUUUAGAGGAUUGAUUUGUGGCCUAUGUAGAUUAUACAUGCAAAUUUUGAUGGAGAUCUGACCGUUGUAUAUCGAGAAAUUUUACUUUGAAUUUUUAGGAUUUUUUGAAAAAAAAAUUUUUUUUACUAUUUUUUAGACAGUUUUACGAUAUAUUCAGUGAUAUGUUAACAUAACCAAUGUGUUUCUCCGUUGUCUGAGUAGCUAACUAGCCGCAUAUUUGUCGCAAACUCUCCCCAAAUUACCGUAAUUUCCCCCCAUUUCCAGUUAUAAUGGCAUUCCGCACAGUGCGACCUCAAAUCUGCCUCGGCCCAGCAUGGGGAUGGCUGGACGGCAUCAGCCGCCGCCCAACAAUCGCCCACUCGUCCAACGACAAUCCCGCCCCACCAUGGGCGUCGCGGUGCAGGACUUCCAGCACCAAAACUCCACCGCCAUUCCGGUGGAGGUGGGGAAAUCGAUGGGAUUGGUUCAGAGGUUCAUGAGAAGGUCCACGUCACUGCCGAAGAGGAUGAACAACAACAAUGAGGGACAAAUCCAAGGUCAGGGACAAGUGCAAACUCCGGAACAAGUGAUUAGAGGUGAGCUUUGGGAUUUUUUGAAUUUAAAAAAAAUUCAAAAUAUGAUUUUUUGGCGAAAAAUUGAAAAAUUAGAAAUUUCCAUUUUAUACGAUGAAACAUGUUCGAAAAAAAUUUCUUGUCCCAAAUUUCAAAGUUUUGGUCCAAGUUUUUUGCUGAUUUUUUUCUUUGUUGCAAAAAAAAUUUUGAGGUCGUUUUAUACGAUGAAACCUGCUUACUAUUUUUUCCGGAGCAGAUGAUUGGAGAUGAGCUUUGGGAUUUUUUGAAUUUUAAAAAAAUUGUAAUUGUAAUUUUUCGGCAAAAAAAUAUGAAUUUGUAUUUUAUACGAUCAAACAUGUCUAAAAAUUUUCUUCCCCAAAAUUUCAAAGUUUUGGUCCAAAUUUUUUGCUGAUUUUUUUUAAUUGCAAAAAAUAUUUUUUGAGGACACUUUAUACGAUGAAACCUGCUUUUAAUUGUUUUUAAAUGUGUUUGCAAAAAUUUUUUUUUUGAUUCAUCAAGUUUUUAUGGUACUUUUUACACCCUAAAAUACGCUAAAUAUUUUCAGCUCCCCCUCCCAUAAACGCCCCCUCAACUCCUCCAUCGCCCGGUCUUCGGAAACCCCAGCGAAUUCAACAGCCGCCGAGACCUCAUUAUGACAACGUAAAACCCAAUCCCACUCGAAUCCUAUGA